AUUUAUCAAUAUUGACAUUUGAAAAGAUGACUUAAAGAGGCUUGUAACAACAAAAUUAAUCAGAGAUUAUACCAAAAAAUUUUAAUUUAUUAUCCAGGCUUAUCAUCUUUCCCUCACUAAAGAUGAUUUAGUACUAAAUCUGCUAAAUAAGCUCGAAGAUAAUGAUUUCAAGUCUAAAAUUGAAACUAUACUAAAUGUGUUAAGGCAACACAUCAUUAUCACAAACUCGUUAAUUAAUUUCCCACAGCCAUAAAAACAAUCAAUUCGAAUAUUGAAUCCAAUUUUUUUAACCAAGA